UUGAUAAACGACUGCUGCUAUUCACACAUCCCACAGCGGCUCUCUCCCGUUCCUGCAGCGUCCUAUGUCGCCGGACCCUCACUCUCAUUCCUUCCACAAGGUUGUCUUUGUAUCAACCUCGUCCCCCUCGUCGAGAGCUCAGCCCGCCCGCACUAGCGCCCAUUUGUUUGACGCUGCUGACAGCGCGGCGAGUCGAACACAAUAAUCCCUUCCGCCUCCUCUCUCUCCCUCGCAUUGAUUACACCUCCUUCGACCAUAUGAGUUCUAUGAACUCCCGCUUUAAAGGCCUUGGAUUCGGUUCCAAACGCAAAUCGAGCGCCAACGUUCCCACGAUCGCCCAGAACCCCACCUCUUCUGCGCCGCAACUUGCUGGCAGACCCGUUCUCCCCUCAACUGCUUCAUCUUCGACGACCAGCCUCCCUAUGAGCCAUCCAGGUCCUGGUGGGCGUCCACCGAGUUAUACAAACAACUACGCUCCUGCUCCUGCAGCAGUCGGCCGCACACAGAGUCCCAUGGCAGGCAAUCCUCGCACACCGCCGUCGCAGGUGAUGGGCGGCCCACCUCCCAUCAAUACAAGUGCUGGAGGUGGUUAUCCUCCUGGACAUCCAGCUGGCGGAAUGGGUGCACCACCGCCAGCAGGUGGCCCUCCUCAGUAUGGUCCUCCUGGAUAUGGUGCUCCAGCUCCAAUCGGUAACAGCAUUGCGGCCCAACAAUACGCAAAUCGAAACAAUGCAGUCGAAGUCGAGGGAGCUGGAAGAAGCAAAGCACAAUUAAUUGUCGGUAUCGACUUUGGAACCACCUUCUCCGGUGUCGCAUUCGCCUUCGCAACCAACACAGAAGCAAAGGAAGAUAUCAUUACAGAAUGGCCAGGAGCGGGAUCAUAUACGAAGCAAAAGAUUCCUACUGUGCUCUACUACGAUCAAUACCAGAAGGUUGUAGGUUGGGGACCUGAUAUUGCUGAUGCUUUGGCUCCCACCGGUUAUCCAAAGCCAGGAGUGCAAAAAGUUGAGUGGUUCAAGCUCCAACUCAUGCUUUCUGGUAACACAUAUAUCGACCCCAUUAACCUCCCACCGCUUCCACCAGGAAAGUCCGAAAUCGACGUAGCGGCAGAUUAUCUCUUCAAGCUUCGACAAGCGAUGCGAAGUCAACUGCAAAAGACACUUGGAGAGGUUUUCAACAGAGAAGAGCGAAACAUCAGAUACUAUCUCACAGUCCCAGCUAUCUGGAACGAUGCUGGAAAAGCUGCAACUCGCGCUGCUGCUAUUCAAGCUGGUUUCUUACGUGAUGAGAAUGAUAACAGACUAACACUCAUCACCGAGCCCGAAGCUGCUGCGUUGUUCUGUUCGAAAGCCGGUCUCCUGAACCUCAAGGUUCAUGAUGCAGUCCUGAUCGUCGAUUGUGGUGGAGGAACUGUCGAUUUGAUCGCAUACGAAGUUGAGGAAGAGUCUCCAUUCACAGUGUCUGAGUGUACAGCAGGUUCUGGUGAUUCUUGUGGGUCGACGGCUCUUAACCGAAAUUUCAGCAACAUUCUUCGAACCAAGAUCCGAAAAAUGAAACUUCCAGAUGGAUCAAAAACAGCUGGUAGAGUCUACGCAAAGUGUAUCAUGGAUUUCGAGAACAGAAUCAAGGCCGAUUUCCGGAACAACAACCAGAAGUGGGCUGUCGAUGUUGGUAUUGAGGCAGAGUUCCCAGAAGCUGGUAUUGAGGAAGGUUACAUGACUUUCACGAACGAAGAAAUUCUGCAAUGUUUCGAGCCAGUAGUGAACAGAAUUUUGGAGUUGGUCAGAAACCAAAUCAUCGCCAUCCAGGCACAGAACCGAACCCUGCAAAACGUCCUGGUUGUUGGUGGUUUUGGUGCUUCUGAAUAUCUCUUCCAGCAGAUCAAGCUUCACGUACCCCCUCAAUUCCAGGCCAAGGUGGUUAGACCCAUGGAUUCCGUUGCUGCUAUUGUCAAGGGUGCUGUCACUGCUGGUAUCACUGAGCGAGUCGUUACAUCUCGUGUCGCUCGUCGCCACUACCUUAUGGCUACUCUCCAACCUUUCAAGGAGGGUCACCACCCAGAAGCUUACCGUGUUCCGUCCUUGGAUGGCAAGGAUCGAUGCAAGUUCACUCGACAGAUUUUUGUACAGAAAGGCCAAAGAGUCAAGAUUGGAGAGCCUGUCAAGGUUUCUUUCUUUAGACAGGUUGCUCCUGGUGCUACUCUGAUGUACGAGGAUAUCCUGUAUGCCUGUGACGACGAUGUUUGCCCCGAGUAUACCAAAGAUCCCCGCGUUAAGGAAGUUGUCACUCUCACCUCAGAUCUAUCACGUAAGAACCUCGAAAAAGAUUUCGAGAGAAUGGAUACCCCUCAAGGGACGUUCUAUCGUGUAUACUUUGACAUCUACUUGACCCUCGAUGGAUCCGAAUUCAACGCAGAGCUAGUGUGCCAGGGCGAGGUCAUGGGUCGGUGCACGUCAAGAUUCAAGUGAUCGCACCAAAAAUGAUACCACCAAACGAAUUUCUUUCUUGCAUCCAAGAGGGCGAGAUAUGACUAUGAAUGAUUAUUGUUGUGGAGAUAGAUGGAGGUUGGAUGAUCUCCUGAUAUAUGAGGAGCAGCAGAAAAGGUUCAGAAGGUUUGAUAGCGAUUUGAUGCGAAAGGGGAAGAUGGAAGAUGGACAUGCCUGGCGUGAAUAAAUAUGCUUCUGGACGAUACAUAAGCUAAUGGAAUCGAUUGACUCAUAGUCUAAAGACUUGAUAAAUGUUUAGCCUUCUUUUGCACAGGAGUUGUCGAGUCAUAAAGUCGGAAUUUGUUUAUGUCAUCUGUAGUGGAGCAUAGUAUAUAGUCUAUUUUGCACCGACUUUGAAGUCAAUAAAUCAAGGAAGC